UUCUAUAGGCCAAAGUUGUAGCGGGUUUACGGUCAUGUAAGGUCUGUCGAAGUAAAGAAAAACAAACGUAACAUGCCUUCCUACAGAUCGCAUGUAUUAUGAACCGGGCACGUUUUGCAACGCUUUGCCGUGACCAUGCGCCACUGUGCUGUGGAUGCUGGAUAGCCCGGCACUUAGAUCAACGGCACCGAUAGAAACGUUUCACCUGCACGCUUGUACUACAACGUGAGCAUCGGAGGCGCGCAAAAAAGGGAACGGCGACGAAACUCGGAUCGCGGAAGAUUUGGAGAUACGACCAGAGCAUCCUACGACAAGAGCAUCUGAGGAAAGGGGGCGCGUCUCUUCGGCGGGAUCGCUGGAUGUGAAAGUGCUCCGGCGCAUCUCUUGUAACUUUCACUUGCCUGGUGUGCGUGUUGUACCAAAAAGAUUCCAACGCUCAGUCUUGUGAUGUGCAUCGUCCGGCGCCUUCCAAGUAUUCGGGUACCAGUGGCCGAGGCGUCAUAGCGACAAGUAUGGUGUGCACAGCUGCAUCAUGCCAUCCAAGAAGCAGUAUAAUUUAGUAAGCGACGAUGCGUACGACAGCAGAAUUCCCCUGCACAGUGAAGAAGCUUUUCAACAUGGAAUAUCGUUUAACGCCAAGUACAUUGGCACUAUGGAUGUUCCUCGACCCAGCAGCCGAGUCGAAAUCGUCGCAGCGAUGCGCAGAAUUCGGUAUGAAUUCAAAGCAGAAUCAGUCAAGAAAAAGAAGGUGACAAUUACCAUUUCGGUUGAUGGAGUGAAAAUCAUCUUGCGCAAGAAACAUAAAAACCAGUGGGCAUGGGACGACAACAGGUACCUCGUAAUGAAUCAUCCAAUCUAUAGAAUCUUCUACGUUUCUCAUGAUUCUCAAGACCUGAAAAUCUUCAGCUACAUUGCACGAGAUGGUGGUAGCAAUGGGUUUAAGUGCAAUGUGUUCAAGUCCAAAAAGAAGAGCCAGGCCAUGCGGGUGGUGCGCACCAUUGGGCAAGCCUUUGAGGUGUGCCAUAAACUGAGCCUGGCCAAUGCCACCUCCAACUUGGUCGCCAGUGACAGUCUUCCGUCAGCCACUCGGCACAGCAGCAGUGACAACUCUAUUUCCAGAGAAAAGGACCAGAGUGAAAAGUUUGACAGAGACAGCACAUGCGACGACACCAAGCCACUAGCACCACAGUCAGGAUCCAGCCCUGUUGAAACAUCACACCAAGAUUCUCACUGCAGUUCAAAGGCCUCAUCCUCAUCCCCAGCAACAGGGAGCUCACAGCAGACGCUCCUGCAGCAGCAACAGCAGCAACAACAGCAGCAGCAGCCGCAGCAGCAGCAGCAGCAGUCACAAUCACCAAAGCCAGCUGUGAACCAGAUUGCUUGCACUCAGCCUGUGGUGAGCACUGCGAGUGAUGGCGGAGUUUCCCCACUGUCAUCUGCCAUGCCCCUGGUGCCAGAAGGGACGUCACUGUCCCUCUAUCACCAGCUGCAGCUGAUGCGUGGUCAAAUGGAGCAUCAGGCCCAGCAGGCCCAGUCAGCCAUCAGCCAGGCCCGCCAUUUACGUGACCAGCUCUCGGCAGAGGCAACAGCCCGUUCUGAGGCCAUGUCACAGAACCAGCAGCUAAUAGUGCACAAUCGGGAGCUGCUGCAGCACAUCCACUUGCUGGUGAAACACAUCCAGGAGCUGGAAAAGAAGAUAAACCGACUUGAAGGCAAAACUGACCAUCUGCAGCCUGACCUGUCCCCAUCCCCACUUCAGAUUGGUCCGCCACCACGGUUCUUGGACCUGCUGUCUGGGGCACCGGCUGCAGGGAAGACGCCCUCUCCUGUGCCCCCUGGUGGGGAGCCCUUUGAGUUGGGAAGCCUAGCUUGGCUUUCAGGGCCAUCAACAGCAGCAGCUAGCAGCAGCCCCCCUCCAGCCACUCCCCCGCACCACCAUUUGACUGCUGCCUCCACAGCCAACUCGUCCCCUUCAGUCACUGCAAGCAACCUCCAGUUGCGGCUAGACGAUCUGAGCUUCUCGGGCGCCAUGAAAGGAGGCCCGAGUGAGGAGAUGCAAGGGAGUGGCCGUUCACCAGCAGCCCGUGCAGCCACGGGUCCUGGAAGCCUGCCGGAGCUGCCUGUGUUCGCAGACGGGGGUAGCAGCACAUCAUCCGCAUCACCACCACCCUGGUCAGCUGGACCUAUGCCACCAUUCUCUGGGGGCAGCGGAGGCUUGUUUCUGCGGCAAUUCAGUGCCCCGUUGCCAAGCUCCCAGUCAUCUUUGAGCCGGCUUCCUGACAUCAGCCGGCUCACCAUUGAUGAAGGCGAGCCUGGCCUGCAGAAUUUUCUAGGAACUGGUGCCAUCGGCAAGAGCUGAGGGGGCAUACUUUGCCUCUGCUCCCAUGACAGUUGCCCUCCUCUUGCGCCCAACUCUGAGCCUUCCUUCAGAUAGAUCCUGCUCAGCAUCUGUGCUUUUAAUGUUGCUGCUGUUGGACAGAUUUCUCUUCUCCUGCCUCAAGAAGGUUUGAUUCUGCAGUCUUCAUUUUCCUGGCUUUGAAUUCAGCCUUUAUCAUUCUCGGUAGAUGAAGAUUGACAGUUUUUUGUUGUUUUCUAAUGGCAUUAGUUCACACACCUUAGCUUGCUGUCAGGCUGAUUCCUCGCACCUUGCUGGCCUUCUAAGCACACAUGACACUUUCAUAUUUAUAUGAUGUCUCACAGACACUGAAAAUGGCAUGCAUAUGCAAGUUAGGGGCUUCUUAGUGCUUUUGUGACUAUACUGGCUACUAAUUUGAUAAUGGACCUGACGUUCACUUUGUCUACCCCCGACUCCCCCCUUCUCUUUUCUGUUUCUCCUUCUUCUCUUUAUAUUUAACCUGUUGAAUCGCAUGAUGUGGCACCUGUAGAAGCCCUAUUCAAGAGUGAUAUUCAGUGUGAUCAGAGUUCCAUCGCUGGCAUUUCUACGCUGAUAGUUUGACGUCUUGUAAGCACAACAUCACUUGAAAAUAUACUUCACCUGUUCUUGUUCUCACAACUCUUUUACAUGUGCAUCUCUUUAGAUAGCACCUGCAAUGACUGGACCGUUUGUUAUAGUAUUACCCUGAGAUGUUCUCAAUUAUCUAGCACUGUGUUUACUGUGUUUCUGCAGCAACUAUGUCUGCAGUAACUCUGAUAAUACAGCAGCACCACAUCUUAAUGAUUUUUUAUGUUGUUAUACACCUUUGUCCAAGUGGUAUGUGCUUAGCCCCAUGAUGUUUUUAUUUUUGUGUAUGCUAUAUGUACUUAACAAUAUUGAAAAUCUACUUCACUCAAUUACUGCUGAAGCAGACAUUGACUAUGCUUUAGCUCACGAAGUACAGUCAUAUUUUUUAAUCAUGACACCUGUCAAAAUCCUUGGGUCCGGCCAUGUCAGCCGCUUUUGAUGGGGGCGAAAUGCAAAAACUUUAGUGUACUUAUAUUUAGGUGCACGUUAAAGAACCUCAGCUGCUCAAAAUUAAUUCGGAGUCCCCCACUACGGCAUACCUCAUAAUUAUAUUGUGGUUAUGACUUGUAAAACCCCAGAAUUUUUUUUUUAAUGUGUUAGCACUAGGAGUGUCAAAGUGGAAAAAAGUGUGUGUGUGAAGUGUGGGCAGCCGGUCACAUGGUAGAAGUAGUAUCUCGUUGAUACUAUUCUGCAUAAUACGUUUUUUGGGAUAAUGUGUUUCUUUUCUUUUGCCAUUAAUACGAUUUGGUUGGAGGUUGGAUGAUACGUUGGACUAUACAAUUUUCGGAUGAUAUGCUUUAUUUUCCAGUUCCUGUGAAGAUCAUAUCAACGAGAUUCCACUGUAUAUAUACAUGCAACUGAUGGCGGUCUGCAUGCUCUGGGCCGCCGUCAGUUGCACUUCGGUCCUCGAAGAGGCAGGACCUGUGUAGAGUAAGCUUCUGAACAGCACUUUGCAAUGUGGUGAAUGAGGUCUAAAUCAUGGAUCCGGGAUCUCAAAGAGGUGCGACGUGAUGCUAACGGCCUUUCUCUAGCAUUUACCGCUAAAUUGCCACUGAAUCUUUUAUCCCUGGAUCAAACGGCAGUGGUGCUGUUUCUGGUGCUUAUUAAUGUCUUUAAUUAUUGACAAAAUAACAAUUUUACUGGAAGGAGUGACAUCUGAUGUCAUAUUUAUUUAAUUUAGCUUUACAUGAACAGGAAGGUGGGCAGCCGUGGGAGCAGCUGUUUAUUGCAAUUAAUUUUUGUAGAUAAAGUAGGAGCUGAAGCAGUAUAUUUUAGCAAGAUUGCAUUAUAUGUGCUUUGGAUGACCAUUUAUUAAUCUCUCUUCUUCCAUAAAAAUUUCAUUUCAAACAUGAGGCAUGUGGUAACCUAAUGCUUACAUGCUCUAUUAAGCAGGAAACAGUUUAAGAGAUGUCAUAAUAUGUUUACAUAGUGUUGUUGAACUGUAAGCAUCUGUAGGCCUAAAGGAGUAACGGUUGGCGAUGGCAUUCUACCUUGCAAACUUCAUACUAUUUUGGCCAAAGCAACAUAGAAAGCCUAACUUUACAGCUCUCGGCACGCAUGUGGCUGAUGCUGCAGCUAUAAUAAUAAGACCUUUGCAAAAUGCAUACUGGCACAAAAUUACAAAUAUGGAAGUGCUGGUGUUUGAUUCCUUUGUUUACAUGACUAUAUCCAAUGAAGUAUUAUUGAUGAUGGUUGCAUAGAGCAUCUCUUAGUUUGAUUUUAAAGUCUGCACAAGCAGCUGACUUCAAAGUGUAACAGCUUUCAACACUGACAUUGGUGUGAUAAUUUCUGAACCUCAGCAAGCUUCUGUGACAGGGUGAGCACUGCUGACGUCACUAUCAAGUGAUCAUUUACUAUCCUGCUCGUUUCUGACCCCUAACUGGCAGUGUAGUGCUCUCUACUACUGCCGCAUCAUGUGUGCUGUCAUUUAACAUCGAAAGGAAGGGUAAUUCAUGGAGCUGAAAAAGUGCAAAGGGAAUGAAGACAUAAUGUCAUGAACAUACAAGGGCAGGAGAUUUUGGGCAUAUGUGCUAUGAUAUCAUUAAUUACUCAUCACUUUGGAAUGACAAGGUUUCAUUUGGGAAGCUUUCACCCCUAUUUGUGCAAAUUGUUCUCGGUUAGCUCCAAUCGGCGAGAUUCUGCGUAAAAUCUAUAUAUCUGUGGCUGCUGUAUGGUUAUUACAUUUGAUCUCUUCAUUCAGCACAUUACGUUGCACAAGGCACAUUUUCUGCUUGCCUAUUAUUGUGGCCAAGCCAUCGUUGGCUGUUGGAACAUGGGCUACGCCAUCUGCUGGCACUCGUGAGAACAUUGCUUAAAAUAAAUGCGAAGCCCUCACGUAAAUAGCAGCAUUUCACCGUACAAGAGGCUGAUGUACAAAACUUGUUUCAAUAUGUGCAGAUUUAAAUAUAAAUAGCUACAGCAGUAUUCUGCUAAUCCUGUUCCUGUCACAGUGUCCCAUGCUGUUUCUGCCUACUGUGUACACUACACAGGCCACUGUUAUGAGGCAGAGUAAAGGGCAUUGAGCUGAAAGCUUGCUUUCUGCAGUUAUCUUUUAACACUUUAUCUGCUAGUGUACAUCCAGUACAAAGAAACCCAUGUGCUGCCAUUCUCUGCUAGGGGCUUUUCCUUUUUUUUUUCUUUUUAAUAUUUAAAUUUUAAUAUUUAGAUGCGUUGUAGUUUGUUUUUUCAUAUGGAUACAUUGAAUGAAUGUUGGCUUAAACUGCUAUGUGGAAGCCCGAUCAUAACUUAGCAAGAAAAAGCGAACUGCUGUGAUGUCAGUUUACAGCACAAAUGUGCUCAAUGUUUUGCACCUCAAGAGUGCACAAAUGCAUCUCGCGCACGCCUUUCAGAAGGCUUUAGAUGCAUUUGAACAGAAGCUUCAAUGUUCAAUGAUAUGAGCUGUGGAAUUUCAUCUACCAUAAGGUGCCAUGCGAAGUUUUGCCUUGUGACACUAUAAACGUGUGUGCUUUAUGUAGUAUUUAAGGUGUUACGAAUGUCUCUGUUGAAGUCCACAAGUUUUACACUCUCUGUGCUUCCUGUUGUGGUUACCGGUUGUCUGUACCAAAGAGCCUGUGGUUUGUGCCAAACGCGAGCCUUGUGUCCCUGUCGUGUUACAUUUUUGAGGCCUAAAAGUGUAUAUCUGCUUUCGUGUUGGUGCAGCAGAAAAUAUAUAAAUUUCGUGCCUCGGGAAGCGUUAGUGUACAGCGGCUUUCAGUGUGGUGGUGUUAAUGAUUAUCACCAGCAAUUGGUAUGACAUGAAUCUCAUGCAUUGUUGUCAAGAUCUUUAUAUUGCUAAUGUAUAAAACACAUGCUGAUGCUCUCUUUUAUGCAUGUUACCAAUGGAAAAUAUGGCACUUCAUUUUGUUCCUACCUCUUCUGGGCCAUCCACUACUCAUUUCAAAGAAGCUUUAUGUUUCGUGCCCCAGUUUUGUUUAAGUAGCCGUGUUCUUUUGUCUGUCCCUUACUGUUGCAUGAAACAUUGCAGUCUAUUACAACUUUAUCUGGUGUUACUUUAGUAGACUGGCUACUGUAUUACUCAUUGAGAUAAGGGGGUCACAUUCACACAUUCCUGAGUCUUGAUAGUGAGCCCCUGAAGGCCCUAGUGUUUUCCUCUUUCAGAAUUUAGCUUGCCGAACUUUUUUUUUUUUUUUGUGUGUGUGUGUGUGUGGGUGUGCAUUCAUGCUCAUCCAGUAAACUUGCCUUUUGUCAUGUCAUUGUAGAUAGUCAUUUUCUGUUAAGUUCCUGAAAGUUAUCAACUUAGUUACACUUUUGUACUUACAUCAAGGCCUUUUUGUGUUGCAUGAGCAUUGUUCAGGCGACCAUCAAUCUGUUGUGCCAAAUACUUCUUACUGCUGUCUUGUUUUUCCUUUGGGCCGCUUUCACGUGAAGACAUUGUCUUUCCGCGAUUCUGGUACACCAGUCUUUUGCAUUACCUGAUGAACUGGUACCAAGUCUGUCACUCGUACGGUUUAUUUCUUAAAAAUGAGCAGAGUGAUAUGUAUGACUCGGUAUUAUGUACCCCGAAAUAUCAUCAUGUGCAGCGGUGCCUUGACAUGUAUCUUUAAAGUUUUCUCCACAACAUCAAGAGUGGGCAAGUGACUUGAUGAUUGAGCUUCUAUCAGUUUGCCUACAAGGUGUGGCUGCAUUGGUAUAUUUUAUGCAGAGUGAAAUUAUGCUACAGCAAUGCUAAAUCCAUGCUGGAAAUGGCAACAUAAAAAAAGUCAAGCCUAAAACAGUUGGGGAAAAACACUUUUAUUAAUGUCUAAAUUACAAAACCUCCUUGCCACUUCCUUCUCCUCUCACAUAUAGAUCACUGCCAAAAGUACAACUGCUGUUCAUAUUAUUGCAUAUGCAGGCAGUGAAAAAGCAGUUUCAGCAUGAUGCAAUUUUCAUUAUGGUCACCAGACCGAAGAAAAACUCGUACGAGCUUGCUGCUGAGCACAAAGCUGAGUGCUCUCAUUUGUAGUGAAUGUUUUUGUGUGUGUACUGGUUCCUAAGCACCUUCGGUUCUUCUAUUACUCGCAUUGUCAGCCCCACUCACUUAACAUCACCAUUGAGGAAGGUGUAAGGUGCUCUGUGUAAAAUACUCAUUGCAGCUUUGGAGGUGCUGCCCAUGUUACAAGUGCCCACAGUUAGUUCAACAGCCAUUUUCUGAAAGUUAGACAACAUCCAUUUUUCUUGCUUGCAUGCAGGGUCAUUUGUUGUUUUAUUAUAAACAAAACAUUCUCUGUAAGCCACUUAGCCAACAGUACAUAUUCAUUUAGUGAUUCUAUUUUGGCCUUAAGUUUUCCCACCCUGUGUUUAACAUAUGUCAGUGCUUUCUGUCCUGAAAUGGAAUGUUUCUUCUUUUUGCAUUUAUUAAUUUUUCUCUGUCCCCCUAUUCUUUUGUGUGUGUGUGUGUGAUGUCCAGGUGUAAUACCGUGAUGUGCCAGUGAAGUGAUGCAGUAUGUACUAGCUUCACUAUAAGAGGGUAAGUCAUCAUUUGGUUUGGAUAAACCAAGCUAUCAGAGCCUAUAACUGACAAAGUUAUGCAGGUCACCUUUAUGUGUUAGCUUGUUCAUCCCUUGAACAAUAUGGGCCAGGCAUUUGAGGUUGCUAGUUUUUAAGGUUUUUAGUUUUUCCUUUUAAGCCAGUGUGUAACUCCCAGUAGAACAACCUUUUUUUAUUUCUUGUUAGUUUUUUAAAAUCUCACUUUAAAUAGGCAGGAUGUAAUUGCUUGCUUCAUAAGGAGGCCACCCACCUUGGUAGACUGCCCUUGUGUAUCUCUUAAUUGUUAAUUUCCUAAAAUAUGCUCUUUUUUUUUUUUUUUUUGAUUGUAUAGAAUGGGAAAGUCAUACUAGCUCUGGUUUGAAGGUUCUGGGAAUUGCAGACAUUGUCAGGGUAGUCUCUUAUUAGACAGAUUCUUCUGUUCACAUUGUGGGGAAAACUGUUGAACAGUAUAAGCCUAGUAGCUUUAAUGUCAAAAGGUGGCUGAUCCGGGAUGCACCUGCAUUCAUAUUGUUUUCACUACAAGCACAUAUUUCACUGCACCGAGUGUGGCCUGAGUUGUGUCCGAAUCGUUUUCUUGCAUGCUUGCUCAGGUUGGUUGAAAAAGGGCAUUGCACCUAAUAGUAGAAGCAUUAUAUUUUACUUGUCCUUCACUUUGAUGUUUUCUUGUUAUCCUGUUCUUGGCACAUUGCAAGGUGUGUUGCUCGUGCUCAGUUUGAAGCACAGUCUGUUACAGGGAGACCACCUAUUGCCAUUGUCACUAUUUAUGAAGGCAUUGUUUGUGCCAUAUGACAAGGAUUUUGUAUAAACCAUACACAGUGUGCCAUGUUUUCCUGUCUACUUAACAAAUGCCACACACAUUUUUUGCAUGGUUUUCGGAAAUUUUCUCUUUUUUAAUGGAGAUGAGUGCUGUCAUAGACUCCUCUCUCUAGUGAGCACUACUAAAUAAAGUGUUUUCAGCAGUUCU